UUGGAAGAAAAGAAGACGAAUAGAGCGUCGAAGCGGAGAGAACUGCAGGAAAGAAAAAGGGAAAAAUUUAGAGAGAGAGAGAGAGAGAAGGCAGUGUUUCUUCUUUUAUCCUUCUCUUUAUAUCUCUCUCCCUCUGUUUCUGUUUUUGGCUCUCUUUAUUUCCGCUUGUCCUUUUUUCUGUUUUCCUCUAUUCCUUCUCGUCUUGCUUUCGCUUUAUCUUCUGCCGGGCUUCACCGGUUUUAGCCAGAAAAGGGAGGGGGUAUACUUCUUUGUGGUUUUGUUCUCGUUGGUGUUUUCUGGGAAGGGUGUUCGUGACGCCCGAAGAGAUGGGGGAAAGAGAUUGAAGGAAUCGGGGUGGGUUUUGAGGAGGGUCGCCGGGGUUUGGGGAAUGGGAAGGGUUUUGGGAUGUGUGGAUUUUGGUGAAGGACAUCGGUUGUUCGAGGCUUGGGUAUGGGUUUUGGGGCUUGGGGUUUCUGAAAGUUUUUUCUUUUUCUCAAUUUCUUGGAGGAUCGAAUAGAUUUUUUGGCUGGAAGAAGGUCUCCUUUUUCUUUGGGAAUUAGGAUACAAAAUCCCUAAGUGGGUUUUUGAUUUUGAUUGACGAAAACAAAGACGUUUGGUGUAAGAUUAAGUUAGGAGAAAAGUUGAGGCAGAUCGAACAUUGAAGUAGAGAUUGCAGGAGCAAAAAAAGUUGAGUCCUUCUGUGAUUGGGUUGAUGGUGUCUUGAAGAACAGAAGAGGUUUUUGGGCCUGUCAUUCAGCAUUGGGUUUGAUGGAGGAGAAAUUUUUCUUAUAUUCUUGGAUUCGAGUUUUCUGAAGUGGAAAUUUGAAGUGGGAAAGUAAAGUGGAGGAGCAGAGCUCUUUCUAUUCGGCAAAAUUAAAAGAUUUUGGUAAUUUAUUAUGAAGGUUUCCAGGAGGUGAUCUUUAUAUUCCGUGAAGAAGAUUCCAUGUUCUUAGAGUGAAUUGCCUGACAGAAUUUGAAGUGCGAGAGAUAGUGGCAUUGUGAGUUUAGAGAGAAAAAUGGAUUGUUGAGAAGCUGAGAAGUCUCCAUUGUGAUGGGUUGUUCGGGCUCGAAACCAGACCGGAACAAGGCGCUGACUCUCUGCAAAGAGCGCAUGCAGUCCAUCAAACAAGCGAUCGACUCGAGGUAUGCUCUAUCAGCAGCUCAACUUUCCUAUGUUCAAUCCCUCCACAAUAUGGGAAUUGCUUUAAGGCAGUUCGUCGAGGCUGAGAUUUCGAUCAGACCAUCACUUGCAUCUUCGGAACCAGACAAAUCUCCCUCCAUUUCCUCUUACGCUUCGCCAUCUCCUUCCCACAUUGCGGAGCAUGUUGCUUCACCAUCACACAGCUCAAGUCCUUUCUCUCCUCGCCUAUCCAAUAUCAGUUACAUGAAGGCAGCAGGGGGUACUUCUAUGAAGGUCACAGUUAAGUCAUCAUUGAGCCACUUUGUUGAUGAGGAGUCACUUACUUUUCCCUUCCCUCCACCACCACCCCCUGAAAUUGGUUCCUCGUGGGACUUCUUUGAUCCCGUUGAUGCAUCAAACAAGGUUGGGGUCCAGAAUGGUGAACAUGAUAUAACCCUGGACAUUGGUAGAUUGAGGGGCUUGAGUCGGUCGAAGGAAGAAGAUGUGGCUCCUUCGAUUGAAGAGGAUGCAAAUUGUUUUCAAAUAGAUGAAGAAAUGAAAUGGAACAGGGAUAAUUCAGAGAGAAAUACUCAAAAUUAUGUGAACUCAACGUUGCGCAGAUUUGAUGGUGGUGGAAGGGUGAUGGAUCGUCCAAAUUUGGUGAAUGGCACUAGCUUAGAGGAAUCUGUUGAUCUGGCACAAAUACAAUUUUGCAAUGGUGGAAGGCUAAAGUCUGAUUCUAGCUAUGUUAAUGGAUCAGCUGAGGCCUUGGCUGGAAUUGCUUCAUCUGAGCCACACAGGCCAAAGAAGGAGAGUGCUCACCUGCAGGAAGAACCAUCUAGAGAAAGGAAGGAUGCAUCAGAGCUCAUCACUCGUAGGGCUAAAGAUUUCUUGUCCAGUAUAAAGGACAUUGAACACUAUUUUACCCGGGCUGCAGAGUCUGGCCAUGAGAUUUCAAGAAUGCUGGAGACAAAUAAAAUUCAGCUCAGCAUCUUUUCCAAGACAACAGGAAAAUCUUCAGCUUCUCUAUUUCUCUCAGCCUUCCUCAUAUGUUGCAGGGCAGAGAAUGUCUCAGAGCAUGAAUCUGCUCAGCUUGCAACAAAGGUCAUUACUUGGAACCGCACAGUCUCAUCACGAUCAUCAUCAUCUAGAAAUCCUCUUGUAUUAGCACCAAAAGAUGACACUGCUGAAAGUGGUAGUGAUUUUAUUGAAGAGUUUUGCAUGAUAUCUGGAAGCCAUUCAUCCACACUAGAUAGAGUAUUUGCCUGGGAGAGAAAACUUUAUGAUGAAGUGAAGGCUAGUGAAUCCAUCAGGAAGGCAUAUGAUCAAAAGUGCAACCAGCUGAGGCACCAAUUUGCAAGGGAUAUGAAUGCCAGAGUGAUCGACAAAACUCGGGCUGCUGUGAAGGAUCUCCAUUCACGAGUAAGAGUAUCCAUUCAAGCUGUUGAAUCAAUAUCUAGAAGAAUUGAGAAGUUGAGAGAUGAAGAAUUGCAACCCCAACUUAUAGAACUAGUACAAGGGUUGAUCCGGAUGUGGAGAGCUAUGCUUGAAAACCACCAUGCACAAUAUAUCACUAUCUCAUUAGCCUACCAUGUAAAAAGUUCAGCAGCACUACAAAAUGAAUCCUGCAGAGAGGCAUUGAUGCACCUUAGACGUGAAAUUAUUUGCUUUCACUCUAGCUUUGUACAUUGGGUUGAUGCUCAUAAAUCCUAUGUGGAAGCUCUCAACACCUGGAUGCAGAAGUGCGUCUUGCUACCUCAAGAGCGGUCCUCUAGGGGAAGGAAGGUAACCUUCUCCCCUCGCCGAGCCCUUGCUCCUCCAAUAUUUGUUCUCUUGCGUGAUUGGUUGGCUGGAAUCCCGACACUUCCUUCGGAGGAGCUUUGCGAUUCUAUCAAAAGCAUCAUCUCAGACCUUCAUAGCUUCUUAGAGCAACCAAUAGAAGAAAGACAAGCAGAAAGGAGAGAUGAAGAGGUGGAAAUUGAGAGAAAGUCUGAGCUCAAGGAGGACAAGGGAGAGGAGAAAUGCGAGGGAGAGGAGAAGCUGUGCAGUUUUCAGACUGGUUUGACAAGGUUGUUUGAUCGGCUGACAAGGUUUUCAGAGGCCACGGUGAAAAUUUAUGAAGAUGUCAAACAGGGAAGUGAGACGGCUCAGAAUGCAUAUGCAAACGGUAGAAUCAGGUAAUGACGUAACUAUAUGAACAUUAUCUUGAUAAUUAUAUUUGAUGGAACCUUGUGAGGAGAUGAUUUGAGAUCAAUCGUUGGCUGUAAAUUCCAUUUUGUCAGCAAGGCUUGAUGCUAUCAAAUGUUUCACAUUCCCAGUUAAA